AGAAUAAAAGGAAGGGCAUUAWAUAGCCCUUAUAAGUGCUGUCCAACUGCAGAUCACACUACAGGGUCAGGUUAUUACUUUAUGUUCAAUGCAAGAGCCCACAGCUCCUAUGGCACCAAUGCCCAGGUCUACAAAACUAUAACAAUACCAGCGAAAGACAACAUAUAUAUGAGGUUCUAUUACUUUAUGUAUAGUGAUAUGAGUAAAAGUUAUGGAUCAAUGGGAACAUUGUUGGUUACUGCUGGUAGCACGAACAUCUUCUCUAAGACCGGCAAUCAAGGGAAAGGAUGGAAAAAAACAGACAUAAAGCUCACAAUGUCUGGAAGUAAAAAGUUUACCUUUAAAGCAAACAAAGAUAGAGAUCCGUAUGGAGACAUUGCAAUCGAUGACUUGUGGGUUGCAGAAUAUUACAAGGCGAACAUAACGAAUGUAACAGCCAGUGCAACUGAAGUUUGUCUCAACGAGAACGUCAACCUCGAAUGUAAUACAUAUAAUGGAUUCCCAGAACAAGACGAGUAUCUCUUUUACAAAGAUGACCAACUUUUAGCAAGGGGUAACAACGCACUGAAGACAAUAAGCGUAAAAAGCUCUAUCGCUGGUAACCAUACAUACCAAUGUUCACCAAGCACCGAUAUACUUGGACAGGCACCAAAUGAUACAAUCAUUAUAACUACACAUGCUCUACCGACAGUUUCGAAUCCUCCUGGUAGAGUCGAUGUUAAUGAAGGUUCUAAAGUAAAUCUGGUAUGUAACGCGACAGGAACUGGUCCUUUCACAAUUGUUUGGAAUAAGAAGUAUUCCAGUCAAACUUGGACCAGCAAAAACUACACAAUAGAAAGUGCUUUAGCCAGUAGUGAUCAUUAUAGUAAAUUCACCUGCACUGUGACUGAUGCCAAUGGCUGUAAAAGGACUUCACCAGAAACAAUUGUCUAUGUAAACUACAAGCCGAAAAACACCAAUAUAUACACUUCAGCGGGUACUAUAUGUGAGACUGGAAAAAUUUAUCUCAGUUGCUAUGCAAGCGCCAGACCAUCUGUCAACGAAUAUCGAUUUAUUUUGAAUGGAAAAGUGGUGCAGGCUUCUUCAACUCGUGUAAUUAAUAAACAGAAUACCUAUCCAGCGGGCUCCUAUAACUGGACAUGCUCACCGAAGAAUACAGUUGGUUUUGGACUAAAUACAACAAAAGAAAUCAUUAUCAAAGCGCCUCCAAACAUUACAUGGAUCAGUGAUAAUCAGACGGUUGCUGAGGGAUCAAAGGUGAUUAUCUCAUGUAAUGUGACCGGAAGUGAUCCCAUCACAAUUACAUGGAAAAAAGUUGGAGGCUCGUCAUCUCUUGGAAAUGGUCCGAAUCUCACGCUCGAAAAUGUGACGACCGCAGCCAUUGAACUUUCCUCUUAG